AAAAAAAGAAAAAGAAAACCCAAAAGCAAAAACAAAAUCAAAACCCACUUUAUAGAGUUUGUUCUUCUCUUCAUUAUUACCAACGACUACAUUCUCUCUCUAAAACAAAAUCUAGUGUGAGAAAAAUCACAGUCCGCCGUCGUUGCCAAAUCAAAGCUUUUACUCCGGCGGCUGAUUUUUAUUCCUCUGAUUAUUCCUUAAUUGCAUAGGGUUUUAGAAGAUGUCAACGUCGCCUGCGCCGGGGGCCGCGCCGCCUCCCACAUCCCCUCCAGCAAACCCCUCUCCACCACCCGCCGCCGCGGCCUCACCGCCGCCACCUGUUCCAGCGACAUCUCCCCCACCGGCGAGUCCCACUCCGCCGGACACUUCCGCGCCUCCGGCGUCCUCCCCACCUCCGCCAGUUCCCACCGCUCCUCCUCCAUCAACCACGCCUUCUCCUCCAUCUCCAACCCUACCUCCGGCGACCAGCCCCCCAUCUCCCCCAGCCGCAACUCCUCCAUCCGGAUCCCCAAUUCCUCCAUCCCCGCCGGCUCCCACUGGAACUCGUUCUCCACCACCACCUACAGGCGGCCGUUCUCCACCCGCGCCUCCGGAAAGGGGUUCUCCGCCGGCGCCACCGACUAGGGGCUCUCCUCCGGCUCCGUCCGGCUCAGGGGGAUCUCCACCGUCUUCCCCCGGUGGAUCCUCGGGAAUAUCGACGGGAGUGGUUGUCGGAAUAGCUGUGGGAGGCGUACUCAUACUCGCGCUUCUGAGUAUCAUGUUCAUCUGCUGCAAGAAGAAGAAGAGAAGACAACAGCCGAAUUAUUACAUGCCUCCGCCCCCACCACCCGGCCCUAAAGGCGAUCCAUACGGAGGUCAAGUACAACAAUGGCAGCACAACGCUCCAUUUCCAGCCGAUCACUUGGUCACAAUCCCUCCCAAGCCAUCUCCACCGCCAGGUGGCGCAUCCAGGCCACCUCAUUCACCCGCCCACGCCCCGUCACCGCCGCCACCCCCACAAGCCUACAUCAGCAGCAGUGGAGGCUCCGGUUCGAACUACUCCGGCCCGACCACCCCCCUCCCGCCCCCCUCCCCGGGAAUGUCUCUAGGGUUUUCCAAAAGCACAUUCACUUACGAAGAACUGUCGAUGGCCACCGAUGCCUUUUCGGACGCAAAUCUUUUAGGACAAGGCGGUUUUGGGUAUGUCCAUAGGGGAGUUCUUCCGAACGGGAAGGAAGUUGCCGUUAAGCAGCUGAAAGCCGGGAGCGGACAAGGGGAGCGUGAGUUUCAAGCUGAGGUUGAGAUUAUUAGCAGAGUUCAUCAUAAGCAUCUCGUUUCUUUGGUUGGGUACUGCAUGGCUGGCGAUCAGAGAAUGCUCGUUUACGAGUUUGUUCCCAACAAUACCAUGGAAUUCCACUUGCAUGCUAAGGGGAGACCCGUGAUGGAUUGGCCCACACGAUUGAGGAUUGCUAUGGGUGCAGCUAAGGGACUUGCUUAUCUGCACGAGGAUUGUCAUCCGAAAAUUAUUCAUAGGGAUAUCAAGGCGUCUAAUAUACUGCUCGACUUCAACUUUGAAUCGAAGGUCGCGGAUUUCGGUCUUGCCAAGUUUACUUCCGACCUCAAUACUCACAUCUCCACGAGAGUAAUGGGAACUUUUGGGUAUUUGGCUCCAGAGUAUGCGUCAUCGGGAAAACUUACAGAUAAGUCAGAUGUAUUCUCGUUUGGAGUUAUGCUGUUAGAGUUGAUCACUGGCAAACGACCUGUUGACACAGAUCAAUCUUACAUGGACGAUAGUUUGGUAGAUUGGGCAAGGCCUUUGCUCACACGAGCUCUUGAAGAUGGAAACUUUGAUUCUCUUAUCGAUCAACGGCUGAGAAACGAGCACAAUGCGAACGAGAUGGCCCGCAUGGUUGCAUGUGCCGCUGCUUGCGUUCGCCACUCAGCUAGGCGUCGCCCUAGAAUGAGCCAGGUUGUGAGGGCGUUAGAAGGAGACGUAUCGCUAUCGGAUCUGAACGAAGGAAUAAGACCGGGGCACAGCACGGUGUACAGUUCUCACGGGAGCUCCGAUUACGACACGAAUCAGUACAACGAGGACAUGAAGAAGUUCAGAAAAAUAGCACUCGAGAGUAAAGAAUACGGUAGCAGCGAUCAGUACAGCAACCCGACUAGCGAAUACGGGUUGAAUCCAUCCGGGUCAAGCAGCGAAGGCGGCCAAACCCGGGAAAUGGAGUUGGGUAAGACGACGAAAAAGGACAGCCGAGGCUUCAGCGGCGGUUCUUGAUUGAAGAACUUUCUAGUAUUCUCGGUUUUCGGUUUUUUUACUUGUGUAUAAAACUUUGAACCAGCUGCUAAUUCUUUAACAUCUCAACUGUAUGGGGGGCGCAGCCCCCCUUCAGUUGUAGUUUUUCAUACACAAGCUGUUUCUUUUUUUUUCUUAAAUUCUUUUUUUUUGAUGUUAUUUUAUUUCCAAAAUGUAUUUAUUAUGGCUUUACAGUACCAAAAGAACAACUAUUCUUUUUAGUUUUAAUUAUUAUUACAGAUGUUACUAGGUUUUGGCAUUUUACUUGCCUUUAUUUUUUUUUAAUGGGUGGAUAUGAUUGACAGUUGGA